CAAUGGUUUCCAUGUCAGCGCAUAAACGCGCUCGCCAGGGGGAAGAGCUGCAGUGAGUGAGAGCGUGCUGAGGAGGGACGAAGCAACAGGAGAUGCUGGCGGCGCAGAGUGCGAGGGGCGCGCCGCGCCGGGGCCUCGUGGCCGGGCCAGACUUUGAGGUUUUCCGGCGACGCUAUUUCACGCCGGCGGAGGUGGCCCAACACAACCGGCCGGAGGACCUCUGGGUGUCUUACCUGGGACAUGUGUACGACCUGACGCAGUUGGCUCACGAGUACAAGGGAGACCUGCUGCUAAAACCCAUCAUAGAAGUCGCGGGCCAGGACAUCAGCCACUGGUUCGACCCGAAGACCAAAGACAUCCGCAAGCACAUAGACCCGCUGACCGGCACGCUGAGAUACCGCACCCCCCGGGGCCGCUUUCUGCACGUCCCGCCGCAGCUGCCCCGUUCCGACUGGGCCAAUGAUUUCGGGAAGCCCUGGUGGCGGGAGUCGCGUUAUGAGGUGGGGCGGCUGUCCGCCAAGACCCGGACCAUCCGCAUCGUUAACACGCUCACAUCGCAGGAGCACACGCUGGAGGUGGGGGCUCUGGAGUCAAUGUGGGAAAUCCUACACCGCUAUCUCCCCUAUAACGCACAUGCUGCCAGCUACACGUGGAAAUAUGAAGGGAAGAACUUGAACAUGAAUUAUACCCUGGAAGAGAACGGGAUCCGGAAUGAGGAAGAAGAAUUUGACUAUCUCAAGAUGGACGGUGCACUUUACACACCCGCGAUACUGCUCUACUUCAACGAUGACCUCACGGAAGUCUAGGGAGGGAGAUGUACACUCACGCAGACCUAAGACAUAUUUUGAGUUUGGCCGCUUCUGUGUCCUGUAGGAAAAAGCUGUGCAUGUGCUGGCGCUGGAUCCAGAGCUCCAUUCCGUUCUGGAAGCUGGCUGUGGCCCCGAUCUCUCUGAGGCACACAGUCCCCCAUUUCCCAGGCCCGCUAUGCUAUACUCUUAGAAAGUUGGGGAGCCUACUAGAAGCACAUGAACCGAUUCCUAGGAAUGAUCCAGAAGGUGCGGCAUCUCGGAUUAUGGAGAUGUAAAGGGGACGGGCAGAGCUCAGGCAGAACUUCCUGAUGGUCAGAGGAAGAGAAGUCCUCCACGGGGAUGAGGGAUGGACGGACUUUUGGGGGCAGUGAUGGAAAUGGAAUGAGCUGCAGGAAGAUAGGACUUUCCCAGACGGGAGCAGGAAGUGGUCAGUCACUGGCCAAACAAAACUGCCUUCUCUCCCUUCCAAAGAGUAGCUGGAGGUUAGAACCCAAAGGGAAGAAAGGAAGCGAACGGUUAGCAGCUGCUUCAGGCUGGCUCUUACGCUGUGUGCUUCGCGUGCCCUGUUUAAUGUGACUUCGUCAGUGGGACGCUAUCACCAUAAGGCUUCUGAAGCUCAGAAAGAUCCCCUCGCAUUUGGCUUUGUUAAGUGAUUGAUGAAUCCCGUGGCAUCCCGGGUCUAGCACGUGGAGGGGGGGUCCCUAAGCUCAGCGUGAUUUAGCAGCACGAAGGCACGCUAGUUAGUAGCCGGGACACAGGCUCGAGGGAGGACCUCACCGUCCGAGGCUCGCUGCACACAGGACCCUGGAGACCUACUGUGUGGUCAGCUGUCUUUCUGUGGGUUGUUGUUUUACUGCCUUUGGAAGGGAGUUAGCCAAGUUCUGCAGUGGGGGAGGGCGGAGGGGAGGCAGGGGGGAGGCUGUCACCUGAGCAGAAGCUAUUGAGGCUACUUCCUGGUUGAUCCCACAGCAAAAUUUUCUCCGGACUUUCCAGAGGCAGGGAGGGAGCUGUGUGCCGGCCCCAGGGAAAACUGGAGUGGGGGAAGGGCCAGGAGGGGGACAUAAAGGAGGCAAUCUUGGCGGUCGCGCCCCUUAGGGAAAGGAAGACUGGUGACCUUUUCAACAGUAGUGUGGAGAGAGGAGCUAAUGAGGUCAGAAAACCCGUGUAACCAAGGGACAACCAGCGUGGGGGGCGGGGAGGCAGAUGUGUCCUCUUCAACCUCAGCAGGGGUGCCGGGGCGGGGGUGCCAGGGCCCAGGCAGGGGGCCGCCGAGGCGUGUUCUGAGGGGCUGGCAGGAGAGGCAUGGCCACAGGCGGACACAGGUUCGGCCUCGGCCCCUUCUGAGCCCCCGUGAGACCGAGGGCUUCAUCCACUCACUAAGGCGAGAGGGCCGCUUAGUGUCUGGAUCUUUCUGAUGUUUGGGCCGCUCUGCGGUGACUUCACGUGCGUCUUGUUUGCUCAGUUAAACCAACACAAGUCGAGAACCUGAGCCAAGCAUGUGUCCAUGCGCCUGUGUCUCCGGGAGGGGCCCCCACCCGCCGCUCUGCCUCUGGCUCCUACCUCAGUGUCUCCUGCCGGGAACCCGCCCCUCUCCGUGCUCCCCGGACACUCUCCUAAGUGUCCCGGGAAUCCGUCCUCUCUCCGCUUCUGCCCCCACACACCAGCCGGCGUGCGCCCUGGAGACCAAACCGAGGCCUCUGACUUUCCUCCUCCAGAGUCUUCUGUGGCUUCCGGCUGCUUUGGGAAUAAAGCCCUCUAAGUCCAAAGACGCUGUGUAAACCGGCCUCUGCCCACCUUGCAGGUCUCACCUUGGUCCCCUGUGUCCCGGCUGUGCAGGCUGUCUCCCAGUCCAUGAAAUGUCUGUCCUGCCCGAGUGCUCGCACAUGCUGUUCCCUCUGCGUGCACACCCUUCCAUCUCCCACCCGCUGAAUCCCAAAUGGUUCUUCCUCGGGAGAGCUUCUCUGAUUUCUUGGUGUUGAAAGCGAGUCUCUCUGUUAGAUCAUUUCUGAGCACCACACACUUCAGAGUACCUAUUACAUCUAAAUUUUAAAAUCGAGGAUGCCCCUGGCCGGCUGGCAGCUAGAGAGCAGAGAUCACGUAUGUCCAUUCUGUUCGCCGACGUAUUCCCAGUGCUGGGCGCGCAGUUGC